GUUAUAGGCCCAAUGAGUCCGGAUUCGAUCUGCAGCUCCGAUCUGAAACCUUUAGAUAAGAAACCGACGGAUACGACAGGAUAUCGGGCGCAAUCCAGCCGAAGAUGCGCUGAUAGAAGAUGCCAGAACGUGCGGAAUUCACUUCGCUUCCCCGGUCCGACCGGGAAAACGAAGCGAAUCUCGACCGGGCGGGAUAGCCAUAAUAG